GAGAUCCAUAAAAAUGGGCAAGAUUGGUGCGCAUCUAACUAUAAUCAUCAUUAGCCAGCAACCAGUGGCUUAUUCCAAGCAUGAAUAAAUCCACAUAUUUGUUUGGCAAAAUCAUGUCAAUGUUACCUAUUUAUAGAAUCUUAAGCAAAUGUGCAAAAGCAACGUACUAUUGUUGAUUCUUGAUGUAGCCUGAUGAGCUAUUUGAAAAACAGAAGGCUCACAGGAAAAUACAUACCGCGUUUAGAAGUCAGAAGAAACCCUGUUAGAACAUCAUGAGCCCCCGGUAGAUAAAAUUCACAUAAUUUUGUUUCUAGAUGGUUUGCUGUGUUUUGCCAAGUAUCAGCAGCAAAGCAAGCUGACUGUUGGGAGACAUUGAGUACACUGUGCACCACAAGGUUGUGAGCACCAUCCACCCAAAGCAGAGAGUCUCGCUCCUACCUUUUGUUACAAAAGUGUGUUGGGCUGUUGAAGAAAGAUCCAGCCAUUGGUGCACACACAAAAAUCCAAGUUGCAGCUGUAGGUGCUCUCCUACAUAGCAGUGGAUAGGAAGAUGUGUAGUUCCUUCCUUGAUGUCCCCCACCAUCCACCAAUCCACCAUCCUCCUCCAAAGAAAUGCUACUAGGCUAGGUUGGGCUAGGUCAGAUAGGGGGCAGCCACACACACUGAGCAAGCAAGCAUGAGAUAGUCCAGGCCUCUACUGUUGUUCUUGACGGAAAGAAGGAACACAAAAAGGUGAGCAUGUAUAUUUCUCCAAAAGCACAGUGCAUCCCCCCAAGCAUGCCCACACCUCCAUCAUGAAAGUGCCAUCCUCUAUUUGCCUCCCUCCCUUGUUUCCUCAUGGUGGCAAUGUGGCAUCCACGAUCAAUCUAAUCUCGUAAGUAUUUUAUAUUUUUCUCAUAGCUUUACAACUCUGGUUGAUUUGUAGACACCAGGCGGCGCUGUUUCUCUAAGUUGAUUUAGCGGCGCUGUUUUUGUUGAACAACUUUUGGAGGCAUGGAGAUUAGACGUAGAUAUUUUGUAAAUGCUUGGCUUUAGGAUGAUGUUGACUUGAGCGAUUUAUUCCAGAGAACAAAUAUACACAAAGAUUUACUCCUUUUUGCUUUUGGGAUGAAGAUUGCUUUCUUCUUCUUUAAUGCCGUGCCCACCAAGUGUUCGAUAGAAUGACAGAACCCCAAAACCAUGUAAGGUUUACAGCUGUCGAGUAUAGGUUCAUUUCUUGCACAUGUCCUUGUUGUGUUCAUGGUGGAUGCAGGUUGGCCGCUUCCAAGAGGACAUCUGUGUCAGUUUUCUUUCGCCAAGUGAGAAGGCGAGAUGAUCUCUCACAGGGACGAGGACCAGGGAAUGUAAGGAGGUUAUACGGCAAGGACAAGGUUACAAGAGAUCGUACAGCUUAACUUUUUUUUUUAGCAUUGCGACUUUAGCAAAGAAUCUGUGCAAUGUUUCCCCUUCUCCGUACAUAGUUAAUGGAUGAGGAGCAAGAAACCACCAUAGGCAGUGCACCAUAUGCGGCGAGCAUCCGCAAGCUGUGAAAGCACACCCUUUAUCCUGAGUUGACUAGAGAAUAUCACAAACAGCCACCAUGACUGCAAAUUGUUGUGUACGCGCUUAUUCCGUCUAUGUCACCUUUUGGAAUAGGCUAACGUAUGGUACGGAUUUCUUGCUUCCGUAGGGCGGAAUUUGGUCUCCAAUUGAGAGAAAUAGACAAGGGGACUAUCCAUCAAUUCAACAUCAACAGUAACCUUUCUUUAUCUUUCAGAACAAUCUGGCCCUGUUAUUGUCAACUAAUCCUUGGAUGCUUCUAGUUGGCAUGCAUGUAGCAUUGCAUUUGGUAUUUGAUUAUGGCCAAAAGUUAUAUUGGCUAAAUCGAGCUUGGGACCUAGUUAGUUUUGAUCCCCUGCAAGUACUCAUGGUGCUAUAAUUUACAAAACAAAGUUAAGCAUGUAGUUCGACCUCAUAGUGUUUUGUAUUCUAGAUGAAGCAUUCCUAUUCGAUACAACUUCUCCAGUAUAAUUUAGAAGUGGAUAAAAUGCACUCUUAUCUUCGAUGCUGCUCACCUUACUGUGAUGCUUGGUUGCCCCUGGUUGCGUGUGAUCCUAUAUGAUGGCUGUACAUGAUAUGUAUUCUUAGGAGCAUUAUUGGUAACUUUAGCUUGGUUAACCGAUUAUCCUUGUCUCUCCAUGUGCACCUGAAAAGGUCCACAGAUAUUUUGCGAUGAUGCUCAGGCCCAUGGGGAAGCAUCAAGUUUGUUUUUAAUGCUUUCCUUUUUCUCUUUCUGCUCACGAUUGUGAGAUCCUUAAUAUUUUGGACCAUUCUUGCAUAGAUCUGGUAACAAGUUGCAGUAUUAUGCACAAGCAGAGGGUCUCUACUCUGUACUCCGGAAGAGUAUGUAAGAGUGCCAGAGUCAGUCGACCCAAUGCUACUCCUACCAGGUUAUCCUGUCCCUCAGACGAUGUUAAUCGUUAAAUAGCCAGUUAUAUAGGUUAGAGCUUUGCGUUUAUGUGGAAUGUCUACAAAUGAGGAGACAUCAUGGUACAACUCACCUAUACAAUUAUGAUAUGGUCUCCUCUCAAUUUGUAUCAGAUCAUACUAAAUACAAAAAGAUGGACCAUAUGAGGGCACGUUUUUUGCACCAUUGCUAGGAUCUUCAACUUGUUUCUAGCCUUUUUGGCCUAGAUUUUUAUAAUAUUUGCAACCAUGCUAUCAUUUAUACCUGUUAAUUAAGCAUACUACUGUUUUUUUCUUCGAAUCUCUAUGUGUCACACAUGUUCUAUUCGCUUUCUGGGAUCUUCAACUUGUUUCUAGCCUUUUUGGCCUACAUUUUUUAAUAUUUGCAACCAUGCGAUCAUGUAUACUGGUUAAUUAAGCAUACUACUUUUUUUUUCGAAUCACUAUGUGUCACACAUGUUCUAAUCACUUUCUAGAUGUAUUUCAAGGCUGACAUAUCUUUACACGGUUUUGUCAAGGAAAAAUGAGAUGUAAUUCCUAAAAGGUGCAUAAUGGUAAUUGGUAAACAGGUGGAGUUUCAUGUCACAAGACAAAAUGAGUAGAAAAAUAAUAGUGCGGGUUCCAGAAAUAUUGAAACAUACUGUCAUGUCCAGAAAGAUAGUAAGUGGAUCAUCUUACACGGGCAGAUGGGCUGCACUUUCUAAUUGGGUAAGAAUCUCUCUUGAAAAGUGGAAAUAUUAAGCAGAUAUGCUUCUCAUGAUCAUGCACAUCGCAUUAUAUAAGGGGCAAACAAGCUCCAGAAGAUAUUACUUUGAGCCCUUCCCUCCUCUUCAAGUUAAAGUCCAUUUCUGAUCCUUCUUUUGCUUGUAUCAUGGACAAUAAUGAGUUAGGCUGCAAGCAAAGCGACGCUCUUCAAGAGCUCGAGAUGCUGACAGUGAAUGCCAAGGAAGCCCAACAGCUUAUACUGACAAAAAUCCUUGAGAGGAACCAAGCUAGUGAGUACUUGAGCAAAUUCAUGAAUAGAUCCACAAACACAUCCACCUUCAAGAGAAACGUCCCAGUAGUGACAUAUGAUGUGGUCCAGCCGUACAUCACAAGGAUCUCAACUGGCGAGGAUUCUUCCAUUAUAUCUGGAGACCGAAUCGUAGAACUGCUGAGAAGCUCCGGAACUUCUCGGGGUGAGCCAAGAUUGAUGCCAGCCAUCUCCGAGGAUCUUGACCGUCGAACCUACCUUUAUAGUCUGCUAAUGCCGAUAAUGAACAAGUAUGUAUCAGGCCUUGGUGAGGGGAAGGCCAUGUAUCUUCUCUUUGUGAAAGCAGAAACACUGACGAAUUCUGGCAUUCCAGUUCGAUCAGUCCUCACUAGCUAUUACAAAAGCCCUCACUUCCUGCACCGCAAACAUGACUUGUACAACAACUACACCAGUCCUGAUGAGGUAAUUCUUUGCCCUGACAGCCAGCAGAGCAUGUACUGCCAGCUGCUCUGCGGCCUGGUUGAACGCCAGCAUGUCCUCCGUCUUGGGGCAGUCUUCGCCUCGGCGUUCCUUCGGUCUAUCAGCUUUCUUGAGCUGCACUGGUGUGACCUUGUCACUGACAUACGUAAUGGUAAACUCAAUCCCAAUGUCACCAACACCAAAUGCCGGUUGGCCAUGGAGUGCUUUCUCGCAUUGCCCAACCCGGAGCUCGCUGAUGAGCUUGAGGAAAUCUGCGGCUGUGGGCCAUGGAAGGGGAUUCUAGGCAGGCUAUGGCCUAACGUCAAGUACAUCGAAGCUGUUCUUACAGGAACAAUGGCACAAUACAUCCCCAUGCUGGAGUUCUAUAGUGGUGGUAGGAUUCCCUUGGUAUGCACCAUGUACGCCUCGUCGGAGAGCUAUUUUGGUGUCAAUCUGAGGCCACUGUGCAAACCAACGGACGUGUCUUACACCAUCCUCCCAAACAUGGCCUACUUUGAGUUCAUUCCUUUGGAGGAUGGCCUCAGAGUGACGGAUGAUGAGGAGGUGGUGGGGAAUGACAAGCUUGUCAGCCUGGUGGAUGUCAAGGUCGGAUGCUACUAUGAGCUUGUGGUCACCACAUUUUCUGGUCUUUACAGGUAUAGGGUUGGCGAUGUGCUUCAGGUCACAGGCUUCUACAACCAUGCGCCGCAGUUCAAAUUCAUCUGCCGGAGAAACGUGAUCCUCAGCAUCGACACCGACAAGACCAACGAGGAGGAUCUCCACAACAGCGUCACGCGUGCCAAGAAGAUCCUGGAGGACAGAAACCACAUCCUCCUGGAGUACACCAGCUACCCAGACACUUCCACCGUCCCUGGACACUAUGUGCUCUUCUGGGAGAUCAAGUCCACCUGCGAAGGCGUGCAGCCCCUCGACCCUCAGCUCCUCGAGAGCUGCUGCGUCUCCGUCGAGGAGUCGCUCGACUACAUCUACAGGCGCUGCAGGGCGCACGACAAGUCGGUAGGCCCGCUGGAGAUACGGGUGGUCGAGGCCGGCGCGUUUGAUGCUCUGAUGGAUCUGCUGGUCAGCCAGGGCAGCUCCAUCAACCAGUACAAGACCCCGAGGUGCAUCGAGUCCGGCCUCGCGCUGAAGCUGCUCAACUCCAAGGUCACGGCUUCCUUCUUCAGCCCCCGGGAUCCUGAGUGGACCAUGUAAAAGCUUUCAGGGAGGGCCUGGGAGAGGCUGCAAAUCUCCGGUCUGAUCGUGCCAGCCCGAUGGCAGUAUUUCUGCUGCUUGCGUUUUUCAUUUGGAGAACUACCACUACUUGUUAUAGCGCUUUCUUGUAUUAUUGCCAAGCCCUAAAGCAGAAUGAAGUAUUCGCCAUUUUUUUUUGAAUUAAAAUUCGCCAUUUUUUUGCUACUCAUGUACUAUGAUUGUUCAUCUCAUCAUCUGAGCUCCGAACUGAAUGGUGAUACUACUAUAUUUAUUUAUGC